AUGGUCCGAGCUGACAACACCAAGACCACUAUAUCUAAAGUAGAUUUUGAAGUGAUGAAUCAUGUGGGUGUUUUGACCAUUGCCAAACACUUCAUCAAUAGACAGAGCAAAAGUGUCCUAACUGAUAGUGCCUUUACUACCGCAAACCAACUUUUGAAGGACUAUAUUGAUGAAUUUACGAGAAUUGAUGUUGAGCUUCACUACCUUUUCAAAAUAGGUGUAAUUCAUGAAUCUCCCAACACUUCCUUGGAAGGAAUAGAAGACAUGCAUUUUGGGCCAACAUCAGAUUUUGAGUUUGGCUACGUUUUAUCAGCCAAAUGGAUCGUCCAAGAAGAAAUUUUUGAGAUAAGACAAAAUCACAUGGUCCACACCAAUGUGCUCGAAAAGAAUAUUAGUAAAACUCCUAAAUCUUAUGCUCCAGAUGAUGUCAAGCAGGAAUUUGUACAAGUGUUAAGAUGGUGGAUUGAGGUUCAAACUUGGUUGUUAAAACCCAUGUUUUUGCCUUUCAAGAUGAAGAAUGAUGAUGAUAUAGAUAAGGUCAUUCUUUGGAGAUUUUUCUUUCAAAUAAGUACCCAAAUCUAUCUGAUGUAA